AUGCUGGCCGCGGCUUGGCUGUGCCGAGGCGCCGCUCGCAGGUGGAGGGUCCUGAGGAGCGCCAGCCAGGGGCGGCCCGCCGCGGCCACCGUAGCCGGAGCGGCCGGCGCGCGCCGCGCGUCGCUCGCGGCCUCCUCGCUGGGCGGCCUCGCGGCGCCUUCUUGUCCCUCCUCCCCCUCCUCCUCGGCAUGCGGGCUCAACCGGCGGUUAGCGCGCGUGCGCAGCUCGGAGCUGUUCGCCGCCCCUCCGGCCUCAGCCGGCGGCUUCCCUUCGUGCGCCGCCUCUCGCGGAGCGGGGCAGCCGAGGCGGUCCCGCAGCAGCGAUGAGGGGGCCUCUCGGCCGCCGGGGGAGCCCUGGGAGCGGGGCGCUGGGAGAGCGGAGCCACGCGGAUACGCCGAACUGUAUGAAAACCCCUGGACGGUCCCUAAUUUCCUUUCAAUGGCAAGGAUUGGUCUGGCACCAGUUUUGGGCUACUUGAUCGUUGAAGAAGAUUUCAAUAUUGCAUUGGGUGUAUUUGCUCUAGCCGGCGUCACCGAUUUGUUGGAUGGCUUUAUUGCACGGAACUGGAUCAACCAGAAAUCUGCAUUGGGGAGCGCCUUGGACCCUCUGGCUGAUAAAGUACUUAUCAGCGUCCUGUACAUUAGCCUGACUUAUGCAGAACUUAUUCCAGUUCCUCUUACUUCUAUGAUUGUUUUAAGAGACAUUGCAUUAAUUGCUGCUGUUUUUUAUGUGCGGUACAGAACGCUUCCUCCCCCAAGAACACUUAGUAGAUAUUUCAAUCCAUGUUAUGCCACUGCUCAGUUAAAGCCGACGUUUAUUAGCAAGAUGAACACAGUAGUACAGCUAAUCUUAGUGGCAGCUUCUUUAGCAGCUCCGGUUUUCAAUUAUGUGGACAGUGUAUAUCUUCAAACGUUAUGGUGCGUCACGGCUUUCACGACGGCCACGUCUGCGUACAGCUACUAUCAUUAUGGCCGAAAGACAGUUCGGGUGCUAAACAACAAAUGA